AUGCAGACCACCGUCCUGCGAGCGGGUGCGCGGCCCUUUUCGCGCUUCGCAUGCCGAGCAUCUAGCUCCAGUGCCCGUGCCUUGAACACAUAUGCCUCGUUCAAGGUGCCUCAAAUCAACAACGAGCCCAACAAACACUAUGUGCCUGGAAGCCCUGAUCGCAAGGGCUUGGAAGAAGCGUUGGCUAAAUUCAAGCAGUCGGCACCCAUCUCGGUGCCCUUGAAGAUUGCCGGCAAGGAGAUCAACUCUUCUCAGACCUUCACGCAGAACAACCCUGCCACGCACACCCCCGUCGCCACCUACUCCAACGCUUCCAAAGCCGAUGUCGAGGCUGCCAUUGCAUCCGCGCUUGAGGCUCGCAAGGCCUGGGCUGCUACGCCAUUCUCGGAGCGUGCCAGCAUUUUCCUCAAGGCUGCCGAUCUGAUCGCCACCAAGUACCGUUACGAUGUCAUGGCUCUGACCAUGCAUGGCCAGGGCAAGAAUGCCUGGCAGGCUGAGAUUGACUCGGCCGCCGAGCUGGCCGAUUUCUUCCGUUUCAGCGUCAAAUAUGCCGAGGAGCUCUACUCUCAGCAGCCCGUGCACAAUUCUCCAGGAGUCUGGAACCGUCUCGAAUACCGUCCGCUGGAGGGCUUCGUUUACGCCAUCAGCCCCUUCAACUUCACCGCCAUUGGUGGCAACCUGGCUGGUGCGCCCGCUCUGAUGGGUAAUGUGGUGCUAUGGAAGCCCUCGCCCGCGGCCAUUGCCUCCAACUGGUUUGUGCACAAGGUUCUGCUUGAGGCGGGUCUCCCGGAGAACGUCAUCCAGUUCGUGCCUGGUGACGCCGAGGAGGUCACCAGCACCGUCCUCGCCCACAAAGAGUUUGCUGCUCUGCACUUCACCGGCAGCACUGAUGUCUUCCGUAUGCUCUACGGCAAGAUCUCGCAAGGUGUGGCGGAGGGCAAGUACCGCAGCUACCCCCGCAUUGUGGGCGAGACCGGGGGCAAGAACUUUCACUUGAUUCACCGGUCAGCCGAUGUGCGCAACGCCGCGGUCCAGACCGUUCGCGGUGCCUUUGAGUACCAGGGCCAGAAGUGCAGUGCCACUUCGCGUGCCUAUGUUGCCGCUUCUAUCGCCGACGAUUUUGUGAAGCAAGUCGUCGCCGAGGUGAAGCAGAUCAAGGUCGGCGAGCCUUCCGACUUUGCCAACUUCUGUGGGCCCGUCAUCCACGAGGGCUCCUUCAACAAGCUGGCUGGCGUCAUUGACGAGGCUAAGAAUGACCCCGAGCUUGAACUGCUGGCCGGUGGUACCUAUGACUCUUCCAAGGGAUGGUACAUCCAGCCCACUGUCUACCGAACCUCCAACCCCGACCACCCUCUGCUGUCGCGCGAACUCUUUGGCCCCGUUUUGGUCAUUCACGCCUACAAUGACGCGACCGAGGCCGACUUUGUGAGGAUUUGUGACAAGAUUGACACUACCGGGACCUACGGCCUGACUGGCUCCGUGUUUGCCCGUGACCGUGCGGCCGUGCAACUUGCCGACGAGCACCUCCGCAACGCUGCCGGCAACUUCUACAUCAACUGCAAGAGCACCGGUGCUGUCGUGGGCCAGCAGCCCUUCGGCGGUGCGCGUGCCAGUGGCACCAACGACAAGGCCGGCAGUGCCAACUUGUUGUCUCGCUUUGUGAGCCUGCGCUCCGUCAAGGAGGAGUUUGUCCCCACCUAUACCGUUGCCUAUCCAAGCAACGCCAACUAG